AGUGUUUCAAGUUCACUUUUUAUAGUUUGUGUCUCAAAUAUUUGUGUUCAAGUUGGUGUAAAUGUUCAAUAUAAUGCAUUUAAUUGGAAACAUAAUUGUGUGAGUAACGUAAAAUCUUUUCAAACUUAAUUAAUUGCUGAAGUUAGUGUUCAUGUCUUUCAGCAGUUUUUAAGUGACAUAUAUUAUCUGAAAUGUGGUACAUAGAAUCUGAGGACUUCAGUGUGCUACCUCCUGAACUGAAUAGAAGGUUCAAUCCCACAUUCAAUAUGGCGGCCAUAAAGCAAGUCAUCAUCGAUGCUGUCGAAAGAGUGCAAAUGCCAAGCCCGAUGCGGCUGCGCGACCUGAUCAGACAGAUCCGAGCGGCGCGCACUGCGGCCGAGGAGCGCGCAGUCAUCAACAAGGAGUGCGCCACCAUCCGGUCCACCUUCCGCGAGGAGGACAGCGUCUGGCGGUGUCGCAACAUCGCCAAGCUACUCUACAUACACAUGCUCGGUUACCCGGCACAUUUUGGACAGUUGGAGUGCUUGAAGCUGAUUGCGUCGCCAAGAUUCACUGACAAGAGGAUCGGCUAUUUAGGUGCUAUGUUACUGCUUGAUGAGAGACAAGAUGUACAUUUGUUGAUUACAAACUCUUUAAAAAAUGACCUGAACAGUUCAACGCAGUUCGUAGUUGGGCUGGCGCUAUGCACACUGGGCGCGAUCGCCUCACCCGAGAUGUCACGUGACCUGGCCUCCGAGGUGGAGCGCCUCAUGAAGUCGCCCAACGGUUAUGUGCGCAAGAAAGCUGCGCUGUGCGCCUUUCGCAUCGUGCUCAAAGUGCCCGAACUCAUGGAGAUAUUUCUGCCCGCCACUCGCUCGCUGCUCUCCGAAAAGAAUCAUGGUGUUCUCAUCACCGGUGUGACACUCAUUACGGAGAUGUGUGAAAACAGUAUAGACACUCUUCAACACUUCAAAAAAGACGCCUGCUUUCGGGAGAUUGUACCAAAUUUAGUAAGAAUUUUAAAGAAUCUCAUAUUAGCUGGUUAUUCUCCGGAGCACGACGUUUCUGGUGUCAGUGAUCCAUUUUUACAAGUGAAAAUACUGAGGUUACUAAGGAUACUGGGCAAGAACGAUGCGGAAGCUUCAGAAGCCAUGAAUGACAUUCUGGCCCAAGUGGCCACCAACACUGAGACUAGCAAAAAUGUGGGAAACACCAUCCUCUACGAGACUGUCUUAUCAAUAAUGGACAUCAAGUCGGAAAGUGGACUAAGGGUACUAGCCAUCAACAUCCUGGGCCGGUUCCUGUUGAACAACGACAAGAACAUCCGCUAUGUGGCGCUGAACACGCUGCUCAAGACAGUCUACGUGGACACGAGUGCCGUGCAGCGUCACCGCACCACCAUCCUCGAGUGCCUCAAGGACCCGGACGUGUCGAUAAGGCGGCGCGCUCUGGAGCUGAGCCUGGCACUGGUGAACGCCAACAAUGUGCGCACCAUGAUGAAGGAGCUGCUGGUGUUCCUGGAGAAGGCCGACCCCGAGUUCAAGGCGCAGUGCUCGUCCAACAUCAUGCUUUCCGCCGAGCGCUACUCGCCCAACAAGCGCUGGCAUCUCGACACCUUGCUUAGAGUUUUGAUAGCGGCGGGUAACUAUGUUCGCGAUGACGUGGUAUCGAGUACAAUCCAGCUGAUCUCGGAGACGCCGUCGCAGCAGGCGUACAUGGUGCAGCAGCUGUGGACGGCACUGGAGCAGGACCAUGCCGACAGGCAGCCACUCACGCAGGUCGCCACAUGGUGCAUCGGCGAGUAUGGCGAUCUGCUGCUCUAUUCACCCGACUCGCCUAUCAAGGUUAAUGAAUCAGAUGUGAUAGAAGUGUACCAUAGGCUUCUCUGGUCGACCCAGAAUACAGUUGUUACCAAGCAGUAUGCGCUAACAUCGUUGACUAAACUCAGCACUCGUUUCCAAACCGAAACAAGCAAAAUCCGCGAGCUAGUAGAGAUGUUCGGCAGUCACGUGCACAUGGAGCUGCAGCAGCGCGGCGUGGAAUUCACGCAGCUGUUUGGCAAGUAUGGGCAUCUGCGGGGCGCGCUGUUAGAGCGCAUGCCUCCCAUGGAGAGUGCGGCGGCCCGGUCACGUGACCCGGCGGCUGACACGAACGGUGACGUCACACCGGGGCUGGCUGCCGGCGACUCGUCGCCUGAGGACAUGCUUGGUGGCGGAGGGGGAGGCCUCGUGGGAGGUGUGGGUGGAGGGGGUGGCCUGGGAGGCGGAGGAGGGGGUCUCGAGGGACCGGACUCGAAUGCUCUGUUAGUACUACUUGGAGGCGAUGGAGGAGACGCAGACGUAGUUAGACCAUUAGAUGCAAUUAAGCCACCAUCAGCCAAUAAUCAAGAUCUACUCGAUUUGUUGGGUGGGUUAGAUAGUGGGAUAGACAACUCAACGCCAACAUCAAAUUCGUUGCCACAAACAAUGAUUACUACAAACUCCGUCCCGAUCCAGAACAAUAACAACAUUCUUCUCAACACGUACAACAACAGCACGCCCAGCUAUCUAAUAGACGACAUCAACACCACUAUUCGUAAACCAGUCCAAAUGAUGGCGUACAACAAGAACUCGCUGCGAAUAACGUUUGACGUAGAGAGACUGAACGAUGUGCCAAGUACAACCGAAGUGAGCGUAGUCGCCAACAAUGACUCAUCAGCUCCCUUCACGGAAUUCGUUUUCCAAGCGGCUGUUCCCAAGACAUUCCAACUUCAAAUGAUGCCUCCCUCUGGAACCGUCAUACCUGCCAAUGGUUGCGUCACGCAAGUACUAAGAGUCACCAAUUCCAAUAAUUCGGCGUUGCGGAUGCGUAUGAGAGUGUCGUACCGCACGAGCGAGGGUGCCUCCAUACAGGAUCAGGCUGAGGUUAACAACUUCCCCACCGACUCCCCCACCCAAUGACAACGAUCUCUGCGCUACCUGGACCUCCGCUAACACUAUCCUAUCCCAUCCCAUCCCACAAACAUCAAAGAUAUUUUUUUAUGAUGAGCGUCAAUUGUUUUUCUUAUAUAUUAUAUCAAUUGUAGAACAAUGACUAAUCGAAGUGAAGAAAUUAGCUCGUACUCCUAUGGUUGAAAAUGGGUCAACAUCGUUAUUUUAACUACAGAUGUGUUUACUGCCUCAGUUGACUUUAUAAGGUAUGUGUAGAUAAUAUUAUAAUAUUGUUGAUGAUCAACUGGUUUUGCGAGAACUUCCUCAGUUAAAUAGAAAAAUUUGUGUUAACUUUGUUUUUUGGUUGAUUUUAUUUUAGCCAAUUACACCAACGUCAAUCACAGUUUGAUCUCCGAUAAACCAUCAACUUAUACAAGCAAUCAAAGAUUAAUCUUGAUCGACGUUUAUGCAACUGGCUGUCUCUGUUGUCAACUAUUAGGUUUCGUUAAUAAUUACUAAAAGGAUGUUAACAAGAUCUUCGUUAUAAUCUUCAUCGUUCAGACUAAUGGAAGCAAAAUUAUUUAUGCAUUUUUUUGAAUGAAAUAUUCAAUCUAUUGUGAUCGUUUUCACAUAAAACAUUCAAAGGCGGUUACAUCCGGGAAUUGCUUGAUUUACGACUAGUUGCACAAACGUCAGUCAACGUUCGACCUCUGAUCAACUGUGACUGAAGUUAGUGCUGAUAACCGUCAAUGUUCAUAAUUGUUCAUAUCAAAAAUACCAAUUAUCUGAAGAUCUGUCAACAACCUUUGUGAUUAGUUGCGAAGGCUUAAUAAUUUUAUAUUAGUUUUUUUUUUUAAUAUAUGAUGAAUAUAUUCAUUCGUCGAUUAAAUUGAUUGUACUAGUUAAUCAAAAUUGAUUUCUGAAUUGUUUUUUCCUUGAUAACUAUGAUACGUUUCUGACCGCCUUUUUGUGGUUGGAAUUAUGUUAAAUAUCCCAUUGUAUGGUUAGUAGAAAAAUAAAUUGGACUGGAGCCUUUAUUUUAUUAAUAACAUCAUCAAUAUUUUUGUCUGGCUGGUCUAUGUAAAUUCGAUCUGUACGGUUGUGUAAUGAUAAUGCAAUAAUUUGCAUCUGCUGUAAAUUUGCAAUUUUUUGGAAAUAAUGAACUUAAGGACAGAUAUUUAAUGAAAAUUGUCAUGUAAUUGUAAACCUGUCACCUCGUCAUUUCUUAAGAAUCCGUUGAUAAUAUUCAGUUCAUAUUUUUCUUCAUAAAGCUCAGACCAAAAGUAUCUCAUUCUCCCUUUAUUGAGGCUCUUUUAUACUUUUGUUAAUACCUUUUUGUAUUGCAUAUUUUUGCUAAUAUUUUUUAAAAAAUUCAAAGGAAAUUUAGUUACGUCAGAGUUGGAAAAAUCAAUUUAUUAACAUCCUAUUGCAUCAUGUGAACAUCUAAGCAUUCUAUUUGUUGAAAUAUAUAUUACAGCUCCGAAUUAGAUGAUGGAAGUAUGAAUUAUUUCAAGAAUAAGACUGAAUUAUUAUUACAUUCUGACCUGUGCUACCAUGAUACACAAACUAAAUACUUCCAUAAAUUACCAAUUAAUUCAUCAAACAAAGAAGUCAUUCUAUUCUGUUCAAACUCAUAAAAAAAUAAUGGUUCUUGAGAUUAAUUGUUGAAGGUUAAUCGAAAUGAAACUUUAAAACGAAUUUAAUUAAACAAACCUAGUUUGAUGUUUAACCUGACUACAUGUGUUUCUUUUCUCUCACAAUAUCAUUCAACAAAAAGAACGAUUUCUUUGUAGAAAACUUUCUUCAUGUGUUAUUGGAUUAUAAAAUUAGUAUUUUGAAAUGGGACACUGAAAUAAUACACAUCCAAUCUUUGAAUUAGUUUGAACUGAACAUUAGAAUGGUUUCAAAAGUCAAUACGAGGUGAUUGAAAUUUUGAGCAAUUGAUUGCCAAAUAUCCUAUUUGAAGAGAAUUUCUUGAUAUCUAAUUUAUAAAAAUUAAUUGUAUAUAGUAAGAAAUUAUACUAAUUGGGUAAUGCAGCAGUAUACAUUUCAACUAAUCUUAAUACUGGGUAAAUAAUAAUAUUAUUACUAGGCUUUAUGACAUUUUUAGAAUAUAAAAUUGAAGUAAACUGUCCGUCUGAUUCAAAUCAUAUUUUAAUCAUGACUAGAAUUAUUAUUACUGCAGAGAGAUUAUUAUUACAGAAACAGAAAAACUUUGUUAUCGAUGACAAAGUUUCUUAAAAAAUCAAGUAGAUGGACGGAACUGUAUGUCUAGCAUUAAAAUAACGAAUUUUCACGAUCAACUUCUUUGCUUUGUAAGUUACGGUAGACCACGUACUGUAUUGUGCUCAGUGCAUAUUUUUUAUGAAAAUUUUAUUUUCUUGGAAAUCGACACCAUAUAUUUAGUUAUUUGUCAGGAAAUCUGCACUCUACUCGUAUCCCAUCUACUAAGUCUAAGUUCAUAAUUUCGGAAAUUUCUUGUUCUCAGUAAAUUUGACGCAAUGAAUAUAGCACUCGAGGAUUUAGCUUUCCCCUACUCAGAAUUUUCGAGACCAAUUUGUCGAACUGGUAGUGAAUAAAUUACAAUAUACAAGUAAUGUUGGAGAAUGGGCCACGAUUCCUAAAGUUACUUCUUGUGGCGAUCUAGAAAAAUACUACAUUUGAUAGUCGAAAAUAGAUAGAUAUUAAUGAAAAUCAAAGUCAUUGUUGUAUAAAAUCAUAGUGUGUAAGAUAUAUUUAUUUCAAAGAAUGGAAUAGUCUAUCUUUCAUUGUUAUUUAGUGAUAGCUCGUGUUGGCUCAUUUGAAGAAAAUCAACUCACUCAAGUCACUUCUUUGCUGUUAUGAUACUAGAAUAUUUGCAAACUAUUUAUUUUCUAAAGAUUAUUCUUAUUGUAAUUCCAAUACCAAAUAAAGCCACAACAGAUAUUAAAUCUUCCCAAUUUUGAUUCUAUAAAUCUGAAAAACACAUCACAUUGUUUA